UGGAUCAAAAUUGGAGCAAGUCAUGUGUGAGAUUGAAAACUGAGAAUUUAACAGUCGUUUUCAUGCAGAUGCUGUUGAAUUUUUAUGGGAAUUGAUAAUUGGAAUUGGGGAAUGGAUGGUACUCUAAUUUUCCUUUUUGUAUUGGAUUUUAUUUUUCCACUUUCGUUAAAUGAGAAACCAUCAAAAUAAGUUUUUGAUUGAUGAAGGUUUGAGCAAGAAGUUUUUGAUUGAUGGAGAUUCCAGCAAGAAAUCUAUCCAAUUGAAAGCCACUGAGGAAAAGUUGAAGAUUGAUCGAGAGAGAAAGUUUGAUUUUCCUGCUUGCUGGAUAAGGGAGAGAGGUAACUCUGAGAUGGGUUCUCUCUCUUGCACUCUCCCUGAUGACCUGAUGCUCAACAUCCUCAGCCUACUCCCUAUUCAAUCCAUUCUCAACUUCAAAGUCAUCUCCAAAUCAUGGAAUGACAUCCUCUCCUCUCCUUCCUUUGCCACUGUUCACUCUUUCUCCCCUUCGCCGAUCUUUCUAACUUUCACUCUCUUUGUCGACAAUAAAAGUAAAAGAAUCUUCUCCCUCCCUCCUCCGCCCCAAUCUUUCUCUCUCUACCCUAAUGAUACUCGGCCCCAACUUCGGAAGCAUCAGCCUGAGGAUGUCUCAGUGAGAGACAUGACAGCGUGCAAUGGCUUAAUCUGCUUCUAUGACAAAUUCUCUGGAUAAUAUGUCAGCAAUCCUACAACUUGUAAGUACACAGUGGUUCCUGCAGCUGUAAAUUACUCUUACCUCGGAGUUUUCGGCCUCGGUUAUGCAUCUCUUGUCGUUUCAAGAUAUUAAUGCAAGAGUGGUCACAUAAAAAUGGUUGUCAUACGCGAUGGAGCCUGUUCUCCUCACUUACCAGGUGCUGGGAAAUAGUUGAAGACCCGAGGCUGAAGUUCGGUCGUCAUGGACCAAUGGCAUGUACUGGGAGCACCUGCUAUGGCUUAUGAAGCUCCAGUCCGAAUUUAAUGGCUUUCGACCGAAACACAAAAACCUGGGAUUCGAUCCCACCACCGGGUGGUCUUUCAUAUCCAUGCAGUAGACUGGAACACCGAAUCUUGAUUUGUCGGUGCCAUUUGAGAGUCCAAAUUUGGGGUGACAGGGUUUGUGUUUUCAAUAUAAGCCAUGAUUUGGAGCUGAAAAUGUGGGUUUUAAAUAGAGAUAUGAGGAAUUGGGAGCUGGUCUUGAAGGCGGGCCUGCAAAAUUUGAAGAAGUUUGGGUGUGGACUUUAUCCCCUUAUCUUGGUGGGUAACACAUUCUUCAUUUCAAGACACAUAGCAUUGGUCCCUCGGUGAAAAAUCAUCAGAGCAUAUAAUGUAAGAAGUCGCCAAUUUACAAUAAUUGAAGGUCUUUCCUUGCACAUUGCAUGCCUUCUUGUGCCCUAUA